UACGGAGAUCAUUCUGGACCAGUCCUUAUCUUGGGUGGGCUAUUCAGACACAGCGUCUCCUCCACCCGUCCACCGAUGCUGCGGCGGAACCUCUGGUCACAAAAGCGCAUCGACAAUACCCACGACGUCGACUGUCUUCUCGUACAAGAACUAUUCCUGGGUCGUCGCCUCUCCUCUCGCCAUCACAUCUCUCUCUCUCUCUCUCUCUCUCUCUCUCUCUCACAUGUCCUUUUCUGGGCAAUGGCAAUCUCGGGCAGGGCUCCCUUUUUCCUGCGCUUUCACGACGCUCCCGUGAUAUUUUCGUUUCCGGGUUUUGAUUUUUGCCUCCCUUUUUUAUUCGCUCGCCAAAUGUCUUCCUCUGGAUAAGUCCCGCUUAUAAAGCAGACAUUUUUUUCCUCUCCUCCUGGGGUUGCACGUACAAAGAAAUGCCAUAGUUUUGCCUUCUUUUCGUUACCAGGAAUUGGGUCGUCUUCUUCUUCUUCUUCCGUCGUAGUUUUUAUCCUCGCCCUUUUGUUAUGGUCGUGAUUGAGGCAUUUCGUCGAACAGUUUGAGGGUCGAAAGAUGUUGGGGUGGUGCGCGGACGUGGUGCUGUUCCUUGUUCCUGUUUGGGUCGCUUUUCUCGUUGGGGUCGUCGUUGGAUGGGCGUGGAAGCCCAAAUGGGCGAGCUUGGGGAGGGUCGAGUUGAGCUGUCCGGUGCUGGGGCAGCCUGAUUCCUCGUUCCCUUUCUUGCCGUCGAAGUCGGUGAUGUCCCCGUUGAAGGGGUUCGGGUCGGACCCGUGCUUGAAUCCAUUCAAGGUGCAGUGGCCGAGUUUCGACUUCCGUAGAAUAGAUGCUGCGGCGACAAAGAAGGAGCCGUUGUCUCAAUCGCCUGCCUUGUUUGAGGAUUGCAGCACAUCAGAGGCCGGAGAAAUAUCCACUUUGUUGUCAGAGGAGGAUAUGACGCAGUUAUGGCAUCUUGUUGAGAUGAAAGAUGGAGGUCCUUCUUGGAUACACAUGAUGGAUCGUUACACGUUGAGUAUGAGCUACCAAGCCUGGAGGCGAGAUCCCAAAACUGGUCCUCCUCAAUAUCGUAGCCAAACCGUAUUUGAGGAUGCAACACCUGAGAUGGUGAGGGAUUUCUUCUGGGAUGAUGACUUUCGGUCAAAGUGGGAUGAUAUGCUUGCCAGUUCAACUAAUGUGGAGGACUGUCCCUCCACGGGAACCAUGGUUGUUCAUUGGAUCAGGAAGUUCCCCUUUUUCUGUAGUGACCGUGAAUAUAUCAUCGGGCGCCGAAUAUGGGAAUAUGAGGGGUCAUAUUUUUGCGUGACAAAGGGAGUAGACUACCCUUCCAUCCCUAGGCGCAACAAACCGAGGCGUGUGGACUUGUAUUAUUCAAGUUGGUGUAUUCGAGCAGUCGAGUCAAGAAAGAAUGAUGGGCAGCUGACUGCAUGUGAAGUCUUGCUCUUCCAUUAUGAAGACAUGGGCAUCCCGAACGAGAUUGCAAAGCUCGGAAUAAGGCAGGGGAUGUGGGGAGCAGUCAAGAAGAUCGAACCUGGCUUGCGUGCCUACCAGAAAGCUAGAGCUUCUGGGGCACCGCUCUCGCACCCUGUUAAAAUGGCUCAGAUCAACACGAAGAUAAGCCCGGAGUUUGUCAAGUCUUUGGAAGAAUCUGAUGACACAUCUGAAGUCGGUAAAGCUGAUGUAGUGGAGAAACCGAAGGGUGGUAAUCUACCCAAGUUUUUAUUCAUUGGCGGGAUCCUUGUCCUUGCAUUCAGUCUCAACCACGGGCUUCUGACUAAAGCGGUUAUAUUUAGCGGCGCCCAAAAGUUUGAGAACUUGAGAAGGAAGAGGCCAGAGCUAGCAAUUGAUGAUGAAGAUUCUGUGGUGGCCGGAGACGUGGAGUAAAACGUGUGUACGAAAUUAUCAGUAUGAAGGGUGCAUGUAUGGUUCUUGCGUACGUGAGCUCCGUUGUUCAAUUCGUGUAAAUACAUAAAAGUCUUUCGUUGGUAUCAUAAUACGUGAUGAUAUGUGUAUUGCGCUCGUAAGUGCUAGGCUUCGGUCUGGAGUUUUGCUGAGUUUUGAUUCGGAGUGUUUAAGCGUACAGGAAAACAAUGGAAUAAGCCGAAAAAUAUUUUUUU